CUCCCGUCUGCAAUCUAGCCGGCAAACAAGUGUUGUGAACGCACCCAGUGUUUUGCAGACCACGUUGUAUGCCAAGGGUAGAAGCAGUGUGAAUUCUGGGAACUGCUGUCAUGGCGCUGCACACACCAAACGGCUGUGGUAGAAUUAGCUAGAACGACUGAAAACUGUGUUGGACAUCGCCGAUCCAGGUAAUUAGAUUUGCAAUCAUGGCAUCACAAAAUAAAGCGAUUGAGCUUCAGUUGCAAAUGCGACAGAAUGCAGAAGAGCUGCAGGAUUUCAUGAGGGAUCUGGGGAGUUGGGAAAAGGAUAUCAAGAAAAAAGAUGAGGAGCUGCUGAAGGAGAGUGGAGUUGAGCCUGAAAUGCAGAGUUUGCCUCCAGUAAGAAAUAAGGACUACAAGAGGAAGAAAAAAGACAAAAGCAAAGUGGCUGCCAAAAAUGCAAAGAAUGAAAAAGAGAAAGCUUCCAGAAUUAAAUCGUAUGAUUACCAAGCAUGGGACAAAUUUGAUGUAGAUAAAGUACUUGAAAAUCUAGAUAAAGAAGAUGGCACACAGGAAUCACAUGAAUCAGACUCUGAAGAAGAUGGGAUUCAUAUAGACAAAGAUAAAGCACUUUCUGAGAAAGAAAAAGGCAAUGAUCACUUCAAAGAAGGAAAAUAUGACGAUGCAAUAGAAUGUUACACAAGAGGUAUGACUGCAGAUCCUUACAAUCCAGUCCUCCCCACAAACAGAGCCGCUGCUUUCUUCCGUCUAAAGAAGUAUGCUGUAGCUGAGUCAGACUGUAAUUUAGCCAUUGCGCUUGACACAAACUAUACCAAGGCUUAUGCAAGAAGAGGAGCGGCUCGAUUUGCUCAGAAAAAAACCGAGGGUGCUAAAGAAGAUUAUGAGAUGGUUCUGAAGCUGGAUCCUGAAAACUUUGAAGCACAGAAUGAACUGAAGAAAAUACACAAGGUUCUGGCUUCACAUGAGCAUGUGUCAGAAAAAACAGAUAGCAAAGAAAAGGAAGCAGUGGUUGAUGAGAACGAGAAGAAAAGAAUAGAAGAACAGCAGGCAAAACAGCAGGCAAUUACUCAGAAAGAUCUUGGCAAUGGUUAUUUCAAAGAAGGAAAAUAUGAAGCAGCGAUAGAGUGCUAUGCCAAAGGAAUGGCAGCAGAUGGCACUAAUGCACUUUUACCAGCAAACAGGGCCAUGGCCUAUUUAAAGCUUCAAAAGUAUGCCGAGGCAGAAGAUGACUGUAGCAGUGCUAUAGCACUGGAUGGCACUUACUCAAAGGCUUUUGCCAGGCGAGGGACUGCAAGAGCAGCACUUGGAAAACUGAAAGAGGCCAAAGAAGACUUUGAAAUGGUUUUGAACCAGGAACCAGGAAACAAACUAGCUUUGAAUGAGCUUGAAAAAAUCAAUAAUGAAAUGGUUGCAAAAGGCCUCUUGACAAAGGAACAGCUUGCAGACCAACAAGCAAAGAAUACUGAACAAAGAAGAAUUGUACAACCAAUAAAUAAACCACCUCACCUGCGAUCAACAAAGCCACUGAGACGAAUGGUUAUUGAAGAAGUUGGAGUUGAACUGCCUGGCACUGACCUACAAUUAAUAGCAAACACCUCAGCAGAAUGUAAAGUGCCAUUCUCCAUGAUCACAGAACUUACUGGAAGCAAAGAAGCAGUGGUACCAAUGGAAUGUACCCCCAGUGCCAAAAUGCUUAAAAUAGAGGAGAUCUCUGAUAUUCCAGCAGAUUCCAGUGAAAGAGAGCAUCUUGAAGACAACUCAGAGAAGCAGUCAACUGAAAGAUGUGUUACUGUGGAAAAUACUGCAGAUCAGAAGAAACUAUCACCUUCCAUAUCUGAGUCUUUGUCCAUGCCUUCACCUCCAGCAAACUCCUUUCAGCUAGAAGCAGAUUUGAGGAAGCUAAAAGCCUACCCAGAAAUGAAAUACAAGUACCUCAAGCAAAUUGAGCCAUCAGCCUACCCCAAAAUCUUUCAGAAGUCAUUGGAACCUGACAUUUUGAACCAGAUUUUAAAUAUUCUACACACUUAUUAUACCAUGUAUGACGAGCAUUCGGUUAUUUUAGAGAUUCUUAAGAACCUUGCAGAAGUGAAAAGGUUUGACAUGGCAGUCAUGUUUAUGUCUGCGGCAGAAAAGACUGUUGUGCGAGAAUUAUUCAACUCUAUUCAUCAAGCUGGUUUAGAAGAUGACCUUGUCAAAUCUCUAAAGAAGAAAUAUGGCAUUUGAUUUUAUUUGUACAGCAAUUCCAGUUGGUUGAAAACACAUUUGCAGGCCAGUCAUUGUUUAGAUUGUAAAGAAUAAACACUGACUACGUAUUAUUUUUAAAACCUAAAUACACAGAAAGGGUUGAUUUGCUAUAAAUAUGGAGUGAAUGCAAACAAUAUAAAUUUGUUUCAUAAAGUCAUGUAUAUUUAUAAAUGGUG